CCCUCCCGAGAAAAGGAGUUGGUGGGGCUGGGCUGGAGGAGGUUGGUCGCGCUCUGCCCGGGUGAAAGGGCGGUGGCUGCACCGGGCGGGGCCAAGUUUCAGGGCUGGCGGCCGGGCUGCGGUGGCGUCGGGAGCCGCUGCGAAGCUGCGCGCUGCUUAGGCGACGGGGGGCUGGCCGAGCAGAGUCCGCGCGCGCCCGCGCUGAGCUGCCGGCCUCGGCGGCUGCGCCACUCGGCCGCAGCGACGAAGCGCUGGUGUUUCCAGCAUGACGGAGCUAAGGCAGAGGAUGGCCCGCGAGCCGGACGCACCGCCCGAGGAAAAGGAGUCGGAGGCAGAAGCAAAGGCAGAUGGAGAGACUGCAUCGGACAGUGAGAGCCGAGUGGAAGCUGUCACCCUACCAACCUCUGUAGACGAUACCCCAGAGGUCCUCAACAGGGCCCUUUCCAACUUGUCUUCAAGAUGGAAGAACUGGUGGGUGAGAGGCAUCUUGACUUUGGCCAUGAUUGCAUUUUUCUUCAUCAUCAUUUACCUGGGACCAAUGGUUUUAAUGAUGAUUGUGAUGUGUGUUCAGAUUAAGUGUUUCCAUGAGAUUAUCACUAUUGGCUACAAUGUCUACCACUCCUAUGACCUGCCCUGGUUCAGAACCCUCAGCUGGUACUUUCUACUGUGUGUAAAUUAUUUCUUCUAUGGCGAAACAGUGACAGAUUACUUCUUCACUCUGGUCCAGAGAGAGGAACCUUUGCGGAUUCUCAGUAAAUACCACCGAUUCAUUUCCUUUACUCUCUAUCUAACAGGAUUCUGCAUGUUUGUGCUGAGUCUGGUCAAGAAGCAUUAUCGACUGCAGUUCUACAUGUUUGGCUGGACCCAUGUAACAUUACUGAUUGUUGUAACCCAGUCACAUCUUGUUAUCCACAACCUGUUUGAAGGAAUGAUCUGGUUCAUUGUCCCCAUUUCUUGUGUGAUCUGUAAUGACAUUAUGGCCUAUAUGUUUGGCUUCUUCUUUGGUCGAACCCCACUCAUCAAGCUGUCCCCGAAGAAGACCUGGGAAGGCUUCAUCGGGGGCUGCUUUGCUACUGUGGUAUUUGGCCUUCUGCUGUCCUAUGUGAUGUCCGGGUACAGAUGCUUUGUCUGCCCCGUGGAGUACAACAAUGAUACCAACAGCUUCACUGUGGACUGUGAGCCCUCGGACCUGUUUCGUCUGCAGGAGUACAACAUUCCUGGGGUGAUCCAGUCGGUCAUUGGCUGGAAAACAGUCCGGAUGUACCCCUUCCAGAUUCACAGCAUUGCCCUCUCCACUUUUGCUUCACUCAUUGGCCCCUUUGGAGGGUUCUUCGCUAGUGGAUUCAAGCGAGCCUUUAAAAUCAAAGACUUUGCCAAUACCAUUCCUGGCCAUGGAGGCAUCAUGGAUCGCUUUGACUGCCAGUAUCUGAUGGCCACCUUUGUCAAUGUGUAUAUUGCCAGUUUUAUCAGGGGCCCUAACCCGAGUAAGCUGGUUCAGCAGUUCCUGACCUUGAGGCCAGAUCAGCAGCUCCACAUCUUCAACAUGCUCAAAUCUCACCUGACUGACAAGGGGAUGCUGACAGCUGCCACGGAGGACGAAUAGGGACCACCAAGGGCCAGAAGAGCAGGAACAGGGCUGAGUGAGGGGCAGGGCUCCAGGGCAAGCCCAGCUGGACAAAGACAAGACUUCAACUCACUGUCUUUUUUUUUUUUUUUUACAGUGUUUUUUAUUUGUGGAUUUAAAAAAAAAAUCUGUGUGUACAGUCUAUGUGCUUAUGAUUUGGGUUGUAAGUAACCUACAGCUUUGAGUUGGAAAGAAGUCAUGGUGGUAAAACCAUUUGGGUUUUUAAAACCGAAGUUUUUAACAACCUGGAAGACAGUGUUGCCCAGCUCUGAAGCACCUGCUUGGUGCUUCUAGCUCCCAAGCUGGAGCUUCCAUAUCUGGGCUUGAUCAGAGUGGUCAUUCAUCUGUGUUCUUCCAGUUUAGCCACCCCGCCACCCCGCCACCCCAAGCUCUCUUUGUAGCUGACCCCCAGCAGGGAAGAGAUGCACAGCUUGGAUGUCUUUACUACUGGAGCGCUUUCCCUGGGCUUCUCAGUAAUCCCUGCCUUGGAGCUACAGGAGUGCUGCCUCCUGAGGCUGGAGGGAUGAAGACUUGUUAAUCAGAUAGGCAUUCUGUUCACAAAUCCUGUGGAGUAUGAGCUCUGCUUUAUGAUAUGGGUUCACCUCGCUUCAUCACAGACUGAAAGAAGGUUUCAGUUUUUAUUUUUUUCAGAAAGCAUGAAAAAUUAUAAUAGUCUGGAGAAAAGCUACACUGUACUAUUUCAAGUGUAUGCAGUAGGAUAUACUGUAGUUGGGCCUUUUCCCACAGGGUUUAGGCUCAAGUGGCUCCUAUAGGGCAGUCGGUUAACUGGGUCUUUUCAGGGAUGAUGUCGUUCACGUUUGUGCUGUAGACUUGUUGCUGCUGAAUCCCUUCUGGGGGCUUCCCGAUUUGACAGGGAGCAGAGGGCUUCUCUUUCACAUGCCCAUGCCCUUGGCCUUGCUGACCACCCACGUAGCUGCUGUGUUGUGUGUGUGUGUGUGUGUGUAUAUUAUAUAUAUAAUAUAUAUAUGUAUAACUCUUAAGGCAAGUGUGUAUCUGUGUGUGUGUUAAAAAUCACUUAUUUCUUACAGUGAUUUCAAUUGUACCAUGACUUCUUCACUGAAACCACAAAGUCCUGCUUACAACUCUGCAUAACCCAACCCAAUUAGAGGUUUGAAGCUUCUGAAGAUUAAAUGCACACUUGUUGUAUAAUGUGACCAGUUUAAAUGUAGUUUAUAUUUUACAGGGGGACCGUUUUUCUUUUCAACUGUGACUUAUUUAUUGUUUCCUUUUAAGUAGAGGAGUGAGGUUGACUUUUGGAAUAUACAUUCUUUGUCAGGACAAUAAGCAAGGGGAGAGCUUGGUGGCCAAGUGUGUUCCAUUAUUCUGUGCCAUAUUGGUUCUCAUUGCCAAAUGGGGGUGUAGCAGCUUGCUUCAGCACCUUGGGCUGGUGCUGCUUUGCUUUAUUUCUGUUUAUCUCAGCCUCACUGCAUCCGUGGAUGCUCACAGCCAGCCCAGAUCACUAAAGCGUCCAGCACGGACCAGACCCCUCUUGAUGUCUCAGCUCACAGUCGCUGUGUGACCUUCCACGUGCAACAGCUUCUUUCUUCUGAACUUUUAUUUCCAGUUCAUUACAUGGCUUUUCUUUUUCAGGUCCAAGGCCCCCUUAAAAACAAAAUGUGUUUUUGCAUGGGGUUUUAGUGCUGGCUGUGACUCUAGGUAGGACAGACACAUCACUCUGUGGGUCCUCAUUUUCUGAGGUGUCUUGUAAUUCCCAUAUUCCAUGAUUCUGGCUGAACAAGUACAUGUACCAGAGGCUGCUGCAGGUAUUGAGUCAUGUCCUGGGCACCCAAAAAGCAAGUACUUACAGGCCUUUUCUAAAUACUUGUCCUUAAAAUGCUUGUCCUCAGCAAUAAAUCUUAAAAAGUGGAGGUGAUGAGUAACGAAUCUAGUUUUCUGAUUGCAGAAUGAACUUGGUUCCCCAAACCAGAGAUGGAAUGGUGCCACAUUUGUCUCGUGGUGCCCUACUGUGGGCAGAUGGUGGAUCCUUGGGUGCAGGGAGUCUCAGCUGGGACUCGGCAGCAGAGAGCCACCUUUGAAUAGGUCUUCCUUUGGGAUCAGGGAGCCUGGCACAUUCCUGUGGACAUGGCUGCUGAUGGGGGUCCUGGGAAACGGCAGCUGGAAGCUCAACAGAGCUGCCAUCAAGAAAGCCUGAGGGUCAGCUGGGAUUUUGUUUUCUUUUGAUUCCCUUCCUGCUUUCUGGUGAAAUAGGGGAAUUUCAUAGUCAGUAGCCAGGAGACUGAUGCCACCUUGUGUCUAUAUAGCACAUUGUUUUUCUUUCUCCCAUUUAUUGAAAAUCUUUCACCAAAUAGACAAGUUUCCAGAGACUUGUAACACACAGCUGUGCAGAUAUUAAUGAGUGGCAUAACUUGCUUCAGAUCCAUUUUUUUUUUUGUGAGAAAUAAAAUGUGACAAAUUGUGUGCCCUCCCUUGUUGUGGAUUUAGUUUCUAACUCCCAUGCAUGGUUUUAUGUUUCCCAUUUGAUUUUGUGUUCAUACAUAUUGUGCAGUCCUGUUUUAGAGAUUUUUUUUUUUGUUUUCCAAUUUGAAUCCUAUACAUUCUCACAGCAGCCUUCUGAGGUACCUCAGGUCAGAGGCAUGAGCCCUUUGCUGAUGAGGAAGCCGAGGGCCGGGGGGCACUUCCCCAGGGUCACGUGGUGGUUGUGCUCACCAGCAGGACAAGGACUUCUCAUCCCCGGGCCUCCUCACCUUUGGGAGAGCGCAAUAUUCCUUCUGGCAAGCUCAGGAGGCCUGACCUGUGUGCCAUGUUUAGAGUUUAAGUUGCUGUUAGCUCCUACUUGGUGACAUAAGGAGCUGAUGGAAAAAGAAACCAGGGAGCAUCUGCAGGGGCUGGGCCUGGGCGUCCUCCCUGGCGAGUUCUCGUGACUGCUCGCAGGACACCCACGCCUUUUCCCUUUGCGUGCAUGUGCCACCCUCUCAGUUGCUCUCAGCAUCGAAAAAGUACACAUUUAUGUUUUGCUUCUGAAAGUGAAACCCUCUAAGGCAGCCUGGGCCUUAUUUAUGUUUAUUACUUCUUGCCUGUUUCAUAUUCUGAGCAUUUUAGUAGGUAUAGUUUAACUGUAUUUAAGAUGUAUCUCCUUCUAGUGUUGUACAAUUCUGUAAUGUAUGUUUGAAACUAAUGUCUCUUUCAGAAGGGGCAAAAUGUAGCCUUACACAGGUAGACUCUGAAAUCAUUUUAUGGUAUUUAUUUUUUCCCCGCUGUGCUUUUUAUCCUGUAACUUAUAUUGUAUAAGAAGAUUCCAAAAAUAUAUUUUAACGGAGACUAAACGGGCCCUUUGAUUUGAAUGAGCUAGUUGCCGAGUUAGCUGGAGGCUGAUUCGAAUGGAUCCUUAAGUUCACAUCUUCAGACUGUCAGUGAGCCCCUGGCAGGCUCAGGAGCAUCCCUGACAUUGCCAGGGGCAGGGGUGUGUGUGACUGACUCAGGGCAAAGAGCAUCAUUGCUUGGAAAACUGGACAGCAGUGGCCUUGCUCCGUAAGAAGCCUGCCCAAGGUCAGUUUCCAAGGAAGUAGAUUUGCAUUACUGUACUAGAUGUGGCACCUCUGAAACUUCUUCUUGUGUCACUGAUAUCUUAGGCACCAUCGCCUUUUGUCUUUGGGAGUAACUCUCAUCUGUGCCCACCUUUCUUGUGCGUUGUGAUUAUGUGCUGAGGAAGGGGUGGAGUGGGGAGGGAGCAGUUUCCCUUAGGCCCAGGGUGCUGUCCUUCCACAGAAGGAUGUCCAGGUGACUGUCACACACACAUUGCAAAACAACAAACCAUGGGCCGACUCUCACUGUGCUUGUCAGCAGGGGCUCCGAAAGAGUGGCUGGAACAAACCAUCAGCUUCCUGAAGAGAGGGUCUGGUUCUUGGGCAGAGCCUCGUUAUUCUGUCCUUGUCUUGGUGAAACGAACUUCCUUUUCCCUUGAUCACCUUCCAUGCUCGCAGUUACCCAGCUUUCACUUUUUAAAGAGAUUACCCGCUCCCACUUCCUAACUUGUUUUCCCUUGUUGGGUGGGGGCCCUUGUGGCACGACCUACAUAGGGUGCUAGGCUUGGACCAAGUGGUGAUGAAAGAGGCUAAUUUAAGGGCUCUUCUAGGCCUACCUCCUCUUGGUCCUGAAGUCUGUUCACCCACAUUCCCUGCAGAAGGUGGGCCCGUUCUCAGUGAGGAAUGGAGUCCCAGCUGCUGACUGCCUAUUUCCAUUUGAAGGUGGCCCCGUCUUUCUGUUCCUCCCAUCACUGCACACCCCCCCCUUUCAGGUUUACCGGCAGUAACCUUAUUCACCUGGCCUCUUAGGUGGGUAGAGGCUGCUGUUCUUACGUGGGGCUGCCUCUUGAUAGAGUAAGGCUUUCACCUGUCCGUAUGUAUGGCAUGUUUUCAAAGACAAAGAGAUCUCAGCUGGGAGGCUGGUUUGGGAGGUAUACUUUGGGUGCUGAAGUGUUGGGAUUUUAGAACAUGUAGAUGAUUUAUGAGAACAGAAUGCCAGAAUAUCUGAAGUCUAGGAUUUUAUGGCCAGUGGCUUUCAAAUCCAUUGGCUCUUUGAAAACCCUGCCCCCCUUCCCCUCUUCUACCAAAUGCCUGUCUGAUGAGGCUCCUUUUUAUUCUCGAGUCAUUAAGUUACCAGCAGUGUGUUUAUUAAUAAUAAUUGCAAUAAUAGUGCUUAAUAUGUGCCAGGCACAGUGCUAAGGAUGCAUUAUCCCUUUUAAUCCAGAAAACAACCUUUGAUCAGGUAUUAUCUCCAUUUUAUACAUGAGGAAAAUGAGGUACCAUGACAGGCAAAGUGCAGUGGUUAAGAUAGACUUUGGGCUCAAAUAGCCCUAGGUUUGGGCAGGUUACUAGGUACAAUUCCAACCCAGCUGGCUCUGAUAAUAGCAGCUCCCUUACGGGAUUGUUGUGAGGAUUUUAUGAGGUAAUGCAUGUAAAUAUUUGUCAGUGCCUGGCACAUAGUAAGCUCAAUAAAUGGUAGUUGUUUUUAUUGAACCCAGCUGGUAAUUUGAACCCAGGGUUGUGUGAUGCUGGAGACUGUUUCUCAGCCACUACACUGCCCCUUCCCUGCACACAGCCUGGGUGUUCAAAGUCUAGAAAGUGACCACACUCUCCUUCUGAGAGAAUCAGUCCAGACCUUACCCAUCUACAGUGACUGGGUACUUCCCACUUCAUUUAGAAAGCCAGCCUGACGAAAGGAAAGAGGAUGUGGACAAGUUCCAGAAUUCUCCAUUCCUGGUAGGAAUGGUUUGCCUGAGGUUUUGCUCACCUCCUGCUGCCCCUGGUCUGGACUUGCCACGGGGAAGGAGGCCCUUUCCUCUUGCCUGGUGGUGCCUCCACUUCCUGGGCAGUAAGGGCUGAUCUGUGAAUUGCUGUGGACCCCAUGUCCCCCUCUGCCAAGAACUGUGCUCUGUGCACACAGCUCAGGGACCUGCAGCAGUCCUCCGUGUGAGCGGACACCGCGGGGCCCAAGAGGAGUGGGAGAGAGAGAAAGCUGCUCUGUAGUAGAUGAUAGUACAGAGGGAAGGCCUAAAGCUCUCGCUCAUGUCCUUACACAUAACAAGUCAGGGGCUUUGUGUUUCUUGCUUUCUUAAAAGUGUUAACAGGGUAGAUGCAGGUGACCACUUGGGGAUAGAUAGAGGGUGUUUCUCUUGGAUUCUAGGUUAGCAGAGGAUCUCAGCGGUGAUUCAUGAAUGAAAGGAGAGUAGGCACCGGAUUAAUGAAAAAUGAAAACUAUUUCUUUUAGUUUUCCGAAUGCAGACAGAGGAGUUGGGGAGGGUGUGUUUGAGGUGGCUCAUUCUUCACUUGGAAGGAAUGGUGUUGACGGGGUAUCCCGGAAGUUCUCAAGCCAAUAGAAUAAUAAUGACCUAGGACCACUGGCUUGACUGUGGGCUGUUUCCUGAGUGAGGGGAAUGAAGACUAGACCCAAGGCCCAUGUGUUUAAAUGGUAGUCUCUCCCCUUCAGUUAGUUGCUUAUGACAGGAGCCAGGAGCACAGUUGUGGGGGUUUAGUGAGCAGCUGCUGUGAUGGACUGAUCCUAGGCCUGCCUCCCACUCCUCUGGACCCAUGCUUGCCAGGCCGGGCACUUCCUCCCUCAUUGUUGCAUCUAAUGGACCCAGGCAGCUUUUUAUCUGUAGAGAAAACAGCUCCAAACCAGGGGCAAGGGCCCUCUGCACCUUGGGCUGAAGAUGCUGCUGCAGUGGUCUCCCAGGUCUCGGGAGACCCUUAUGUAGUGCUCAGAGUCUCUAGUUGGGUUUAGCCACCUGGUGACUGUCCUAGGUGAGAUUCUCUGCCGACGUCAUCCAUAGCGCAGUCCCUGUCCUUGGCUGCUGGAGCACCCAUUUCUUACCUUUGUUAGUUUCAUGUGCUCGUUUUGCUGGCUUUGUGCCAGGGAAUGCCAGACUAGAAAGGGGGUUGAGAAUGUACCUACCUGUUUUUAUAAGGAUGUCCUUUGUGUUCUGUUGCAUUUGAAUCCUCCAUACACACAGCACCAUGUGGCUGCCACACAGCACUGUGUUGCUGCCUUAUGUCACACUGGCUGGGUGUCUGGGAGCUGAUUACAAAGGGAAAGAGCUGAGCAGACAUCAGGGCCAACAUAACCAAAGGACUUGGAGCCAAGAGAACAAAAGGCAGUGUCAGGAUACACUGGUUUAUUGUCGUCCGGCCAGCGGACUGUUGAGAAGCCAUGGGGGCAGCAGCAGGAGGAGUGCAGGCAGAGGAGAGGCCAAGAGUCCUGCAGCUGGCGGAGGCCAGCCCUGAGUGUCUUGUGGGUGCGGGAACAGAAACUGGGCUCAGAAACCCAUCCAGGUCUCCCUGGAUUCAAUGCUCAUGCACUGUGAAUUCUCUUCUGGAGUCGAUGCUGAUACCAAGUUUUAAGUUUUAUUGGUGUUUAAUACUUUCCAAAACAGGAGGGGAAGACCAAAGUGUUAGAGACAAGCGGCCCCUCUGUUGAAGAUUGUUGGGAAGCCUGGUGGUGUUGGGUGAGUCAGGCACUUCCUCAGUUCUGUUCACUCUGAAGACCUGUUUAGUGAGAAAGUUCCCCAAAACAUAGAAAUGGCUUCCCUGGCCCCACUGGGGAGUGCCAGGUAGUCAAAUGUAGCCCACUGCAGUGUCUGUGCUGCCAAGAUUGGCCCGGAGUUUGUCCUGGCCCUGCCUCUGGCAUUUCACUAAAUCCAUGUGUUUUUGCCCCAGCUGACCUUUCUCUGUGCACUGUCUGAUCAGUAUUGAACUGAUUCUUUUUCAAUGAAGUGUCAGAUCAUGAUAUACUGUACAUUGGAAAGUAUUCACCUUAUUUAUAUACCUGAAUCUUCCUACUACACAAAUAAACAUCUGUUAAAUUCUG